AUGGACAUGACGCGCUAUGGCGCGCUUCGCGGGAUGAACGCCAGUGUGUCCUCCAAGGAGGCAGUGGAUGACCCGGACGUCUGGAGCUGGCGGUGGCACUACCGAGCCCUCACAGUGCAGAAUCUUUACGACGAGCUGCUCCAGUGCUGGCUUGAUGUUCACUUCCCAGGCAGUGCCGAGGAGCAGGACCGGCAGAUACGCGAGGACCCGGAUAUCCAACACUGGUGGUCAGUCAUGGUGAGGCAACUGCGCCCCCUGCGCCGUGCCAUCGGUACAGCCCCGGACUUCGCAACGGCUGCACCGACAAGCCGAGGUCUGCGGCAGACGCUCCGCACGAUCCUGGUCUGGGUGUCAUGGAUUCACGAGGAUGUCGGACACUCUGCGGCAUCCUACGUCUACAACCCCGUGUAUACGCCGAUGUGUGUGCCAGAAGACGGUUUGGGUGUUCCCGUGAUUUCCUUCGCCUGGAACACGGCGGCCUACCGCGGCUUUGUCUUCCUCGAGAGGGCGACUCUCCUGGAGGACCCGCCGGGCUUCUGGUUCGACUCGGUGGAAUGUCAAGGGCUCUGGUGGUGGCGACACUGUGCAGCGCCCAGUGGAGACAAGUCCCUGGGCUGCUUCACCCGCUUCCAGGAGAAAUUGCGGAAGCUCGGAGAAGAGGACAAGGCUUUCUCCGAAUGUGAGAAGAACGGCUUCUACAGUUGUGCUGGGCGGGUUGAGACGGCGGUUUCAAGCUGA